UACAACUAUGUACUGGGGCUUUGGGGAGGAAAAAAAGGAAAUUACAUUUGGGCACUGUUAGGAGAAGGGAGAACUCUGGUGAAUGGGCAAAAGCAAUUCCUAGGGUUCUAAACAUUUCCCUGGGACAAUCAUAAGGGGAUGCUCAAGGACUGUGUGGGGUGGGAGAGGAGACAGAAUUGAAGCCUCACGGAGAGUCUGAUAAAAAGUCAAUUAUGGUACACAACAUGCUACUUACAGGCUUUUUUUUCCCUCUAAGUCUCUUAAGGCCAAUUGGGUGUAAGUAACAUCACCUUCUUGAACCAGCUUAAGCAAGCAAUUGCUGUCCUUGCUGUGUACACUGUUCUAAGAGCAUGACAGAAUCUAUCUCAUAAUCCUCAUAACAACCCAACGAAGUAGGGACUGUUAUUGUGCCCAUUUUAUACACGAAAAACGGAGACUCGGGAGGGUCAAGUGAUUGACCCAAGGUGGCCUGAUAAGAUUGGGCCUCAAACUUGAACUAUCUCCGAUGUGUCAAGACACGUCCACUUCCCCACUGGGCUGGCUCGCCUCUCAGAAUCACGGCUUACCGUUUCUGCUUCUCUCACACACACACCCAAACGCCGACGUCCUGAGGAAGAGAUUCUCGUGGAAUGACUUCUGGUUUUUAAAAGCGCGGGAGCGCCCGAGCACAGCUGCAUCCGGGGACUCACUCAAGACCAAGUGUUUCUUUACCUCUCUUAGCUUGGUUUUUCCCUCAUCUUUUACUCCACCCGUAUUUCUUGAGGGCCUACUGUGUGCCAGGCCCUGUUCUAGGGGCUGGGGAUGCAGAAAUGAACCAAAUGGACCAGUGAGGGAGGCGAAUCAAUAACAUAACAUCAAAUGCAUGUUAGGUGACAACAGCACAGAGGAUGCAAACUAAUAAUAAUAAUAAAAUAAGUCAUUUAGCAGCGACGGGGAGUUUGGGAUGGGUGGGUUGCUAUUUUAAGGAGGGCGAUCAAGGCGGGUUUCGUUGAGGAGGUGACGUUUAGGCAGAGGCUUAAAAUGAUGGAGUGAGCCCUGUGGAUAGUUAGAGGAACAGCUUUCCAGGUAGAGGGAACAGACGGUGCAAAAGCCAGUGUUUGCUUCACCAUCCGGCAAUUCCUUCCCUCUUAGUGGCACAGAUGUCUCUGGCCACUCCAUCCGCCGAUCUCAUCGUCCGACAGAGAGCCACGCCCCCUUUCCCAGUAACUCCAGGUAAAGUCCCAAGACGGAAGCUCAUUGGAUGCACUUGGGUCACAUGCUCACCCUGAACCAAUCACUGUGCUUCAGGGAGUGAAGAGCUCUGAUUGGCUAGUCUAGGGCGGGCAGGUGGCACGAGGUAGGUAACCACCCCUCCCCCAGGCACGUACCUGGGGCGGGGACCGAGGGUUACCUCCGUUUGAGCUCAGCCCAAGCAAAUAGCUUUUCCAGUUUGUUCUAGAAUCACUUUCCGGAUCAUUAAAAGAACUGUGUACUCCUUGUAAACUAAAAUCCCAAGAAUAUAAAAAUUGUAAGCAGUAAAAAUUUUUUUUCCAAAAAAAUCACAAAUGAAACCUCACUCCAGAAUAUAUGUAUUUUACAAAUACGAAUGAGAUCGUGCAUACUGUCUGGCCGUCCUGCUCAGCACUGCGAAAACCCUCUACCGCUAGUUACUAUCACUGUUAUUAUUUAUUCCUCCCCAGACUGGGAAAAGAUGUUGGUUAGCACGAUACUAUCAAGUUUACAGUUUUGGAAUGUGUGCUAUAUGCCAAGCUGGAUUUUACACGUGAGAAGAUGGAAGUGCAGAUAAGGUAAGUCACUCCUCCAGGGUCACACAGCAAGAAAGUGUGUCUGAGGCAGAACUCUGUUCCAGCCCCCCAGCUGCCCCGGGGCCCAGGAGAGCCCCUGCCCCCUCCCGCGGGCCAGGCAGGGCAGCAGCCUCCCGCUUAUCUGAGCCCAGGCUGCCUGCUGGUCCCGCCCCCUCCGGGAAGCUGCCACUUGGAGGAGCCUGGCCGGGAAGCGCCUGGCCAGCUGUGUCCGGCGGAGGCAGCUGCUGACCCAGCUGUGGACUGUGCCAGGGCUGGAAAAGGGGGGGCGGGAGCCCUGGACCCCUCCUAGCGGGGGCUGCAUCAUGAAUCACCUCGGUGCGCCUCUUUGGCCAGGAGUCGGCUCCCUCUGUCUCCUGCUCGCUGGGGCCGCCUGGGCUCCCCCACCCAACUCCUCGGACCCCAGGUUUGAAAGCAAAGCGGCCCUGCUGGCGGCCCGCGGGCCCGAGGAGCUUCUAUGCUUCACCGAGCGGUUGGAGGACUUGGUGUGCUUCUGGGAGGAGGCGGCAAGCGCCGGGGUCGGCCCCGAAAACUACAGCUUCUCCUACCAGCUCGAGGGUGAGCCGUGGAAGCCGUGCCGCCUGCACCAGGCGUCCACGGCCCGCGGCGCGGUGCGCUUCUGGUGCUCGCUGCCGACGGCCGACACGUCGAGCUUCGUGCCCCUAGAGUUGCGCGUCACAGCGGCCACCUCGGGCGCUCCACGCUACCGCCGCGUCAUCCAGGUCAACGAAGUAGUGCUCCUGGAUCCCCCCGCGGGGCUGCUGGCGCGGCUGGCCGAUGAGGGCGGCCACGUGCUACUGCGCUGGCUCCCGCCGCCUGGGGCCCCCAUGGCGAGCCUUAUCCGCUACGAGGUGAACAUCUCGGCAGGCAACGCCGCCGGGGGCGCGCAGAGGGUGGAGAUCCUGGACGGCCGCACGGAGUGCGUGCUGAGCAACCUGCGCGGCCAGACGCGCUACACCUUCGCGGUGCGCGCGCGCAUGGCCGAGCCGAGCUUCGGCGGCUUCUGGAGCGCCUGGUCCGAGCCCGCGUCGCUGCUGACCGCCAGUGACUUGGACCCCCUCCUCCUGACGCUCUCCCUCAUCCUCGUGCUCAUCCUGCUGCUGCUGGCUGUGCUCGCGCUGCUCUCCCACCGCCGGGCUCUGAAGCAGAAGAUCUGGCCUGGCAUCCCGAGCCCCGAGAGCGAGUUUGAGGGCCUCUUCACCACCCACAAGGGUAACUUCCAGCUGUGGCUGUACCAGAAUGACGGCUGUCUGUGGUGGAACCCCUGCACCCCCUUCACAGAGGACCCCCCCGCCUCCCUGGAGGUCCUCUCUGAGCGCUGCUGGGGGGUGACCCAGGCAGUGGAACCCGGGGCAGAGGAUGAGGGGCCCCUGCUGGAGCCGGUGGGCAGUGAGCAUGCCCGGGACCCCUACUUGGUGCUGGACAAGUGGCUGCUGCCCCGGAGCCCCACCAGCGAGGACCUCCCGCAGCCUGGUGGUGGUCUGGACACGGCAGCCAUGGAUGCGGGCUCGGAGGCCUCCUCCUGCUCAUCUGCUCUGGCGCUGAAGCCUGGGCCGGAGGGGGCCUCGGCUGCCAGCUUUGAGUACACCAUCCUGGAUCCCAGCUCCCAACUCUUGCGCCCGAGGGCACUGCCUCCUGAGCUGCCCCCAACCCCACCCCACCUCAAGUACUUGUACCUCGUGGUGUCCGAUUCUGGCAUCUCAACUGACUACAGCUCAGGGGGCUCCCAGGGUGCCCAGAGGGGCUCCUCCGAUGGCCCCUAUUCCAACCCUUAUGAGAACAGCCUCGUCCCGGCCCCCGAACCUUCAGCCCCCAGCUACGUGGCCUGCUCCUAAGACUCCAGCCCUCAGAAGCUUGGGGACCUAGCAUGACCACGAGGGCUAGGCCCGGCCCAAGACUUAGUGGGCAAGGCCACCCUCAGGACCAGGGGCAUUGCUGACCUCAGCUUUCUGCCCAAGCCAUCCUGCUCAGGAAGUCACAACCUUGCAGUAUUUUCAAAUGUAUAGUUUUUUGUAUAGAUCCACAUGUGUAAGUUUUUUUAUCAGGACUUCUGCAAAUGCCCUGUAAGCCCCAACUGUCCCUGGGCCCAGGCCAUAGGGGCAGCAAUCAAAAACCUUGAGCCCAGUGUGAAAUUCUGGACCUGGCAAUCUGAAUAAUCAUCCUAAUAAAAUCAAUCAGUCACUAUAA